GUCAUCACGUCAAGCGCAGCCACCGGAAGAGUGAGUUAUGUGACCCCGCCCCGGCUGCUCAGUCAAUCCAACCUGAAGAGAGGGCGAGUCAACGGCUAAAAAUAUAACUGCUAACGCAAGAUGGCCGGUUUACCUCGUAGGAUUAUAAAGGAGACACAGCGGUUGAUGGCAGAGCCUGUUCCUGGGAUCACGGCUACGCCUGAUGAAGGGAAUGCACGUUACUUCCAUGUGGUCAUCGCAGGUCCUCAAGACUCUCCUUUUGAAGGAGGGACGUUUAAACUUGAACUAUUUCUUCCAGAAGAGUAUCCCAUGGCAGCUCCCAAAGUGCGAUUCAUGACCAAAAUCUAUCACCCCAAUGUUGACAAACUUGGAAGAAUAUGUUUAGACAUUUUGAAAGACAAGUGGUCUCCCGCCCUGCAGAUCCGCACAGUGUUGCUCUCUAUCCAGGCGUUAUUAAGUGCUCCCAACCCAGAUGAUCCCCUGGCAAACGAUGUCGCAGAGCAGUGGAAGAAAAACGAAAGCCAUGCCAUUGAGACAGCCCGAACAUGGACCAGGCUCUACGCCAGCAACACUGAAGUAUAGAAGAGUCAAGAAGAGGCGUCUGAAUGUGAUCGACAUAAUGUACUCAAAUUCAGUCAACGUUUGAAUUUAACGGAUACACACACACACACACACUAUUAUGAAAUAAGUCCAAAUCUAUUUGAAAGAAAUAAGAAUUACUGCUGCAAGCCUUUGGGUGACUUAUUUUCUUCUCUUAAAACGCGUUAAAUGUGUGUUAGCCUCGUCUUUUUUCCCUCUCAUUCUUUCUUUUUCUGUGAUGCUAUUUAAAUGCAAGGACAGAGAUCGACACCCUCCCCACGUCUGAGUCUUGAUUCGGGCCCAGGCUGGUACGUUUGGAAAAAAAUCUUCAUGUAUUAAAGUUUUCUUUCUUUUAACAAAUGGCAUUAUUUGUUACUACACCUGUAUGUCUUUUUGUUAAUUAUGACUCGUGUUUUUUUUCCAUCACAUCGUGUGCAUCUCUCAUUUUCCACCAUUUAUUUACAGGUUUAGGUUUUCUAGUUAGUGGAGAUAAAGGCUUGGGUCUGGAUGUUUCACCAAAUUAAUGUUGCAGAAACACAAAAAGGCACUUAACCCUAAACUUUAGAAAAGUGACGUUUUCAAAAAUCAGUCUGAAAGCAAGUAAAAAUGAAAACACCCUCAAGUUUUACAUAAAUUGUAAUCAGUCAAACCAAUGUUAUUAUCUUACAAUUAGAAGAUUUUAGCAAUAUUUUUACUGUAAUAUAAAAACGUCUUGAAAAUAUCUGUCGAACUUGAUUUUAGAGAAUAGACUACGCUGUAGUCUAUUGAUUGAUUGAUUGUAGUCACAAUUAGAAUUUCUAGGUGUGUAGAAUCAUUUCUGGUCAAGUGAUCAACACGUCUGUUAACAUCUGGACUUUGGAUUAAAAGGGGAGAAUAAACAGAUUAAUGUUGGAUUACAAGUAAGCAGGUUCUAUGAUCAAAAUCUACAGAUUACAUUUGUGAUUGCAGCUCAGUUUUUAUUUUUAUUAGUCGAGCUUGUUGGACGGCUCGGAGGGUGAGCCGAGUCGUGGGCUUGUAAAGUUUCCAACCAUCUCAAAAGUAGACAUGCGAUUUUAAAUGUUGAAAAUUAUUUUCAAGAGCAGAAAAUUAAUGAUUUUAAUUUUAUUCAGAUGUUUUUUUAUCCUCUUCAUGCUUUUUUUUUUCUUUUUAUUUUAGUUUUAAAUUCAGCAUAAUUUCAACACCAGAACCAAGGAAACAAACUCUGUUCAUUUUUGUCAGAGUUGGUGUUUUGGGUGCUCUUUUUAAAGGGAAACACGUUUUUUUCUAAUGUGAGUUAGUUUGUGAGGGUCAGAAUGACCUUUGACCCUUUCGUGAUGCUGAUGUGAUGUUUAUGCAAGUGGAUUUAAUAGCAGAGAGGAGAAAUUAGGAUAUUCUGAUGACAACAUGUUCCAAAUAAAAAAUUUAAAGUUAAAAAAUC